AUGCCCCGCCCCACGCAGCCAGGAUGGGCCCCCACCACCAGAGAGCCCCCGACCCCCAGUGGGGCAGAACCAAGACCGGCCCCCCAAGACCCAGCUCACAGAGCCCCCUUCGGGGAGACCAGCAAACAGGCCGCCACCAGGCCGGAGAACAACCAGCCCCCGAGUCCGAUGAGAGACCACCCUCCACAAGGGCAGAUGGGCACCGGGGGCCACACACCAGGAAAGAAGCUCGCCCACGACAGGGUGCGCCAGCCCCCUCACGCCACCCCCCACUCCCAGGGAGCGCCCCAGGCUACUCCAUGCCCAGCCCCUGACACGGGACUGCCCCGCCCAGGGACGGAGGAGGUAUCGUCCCCCACCCCAAGGCGGCCCGGGCAGCAGAGGUGGAACACCCAGCACCCGCCCCUAACACCCAACCCCCGUGUACCCACCCAUGAAAAAAUAAGGUGCCCAAGAAACAGGCAGGGUACCCUGCAGUCCCAGACACACAACCCAGAUCCCGAGCCGCAGAGAACGUGGACUGCUAGGGAGCAUGGAAACACGAGGCCAGCCCCCUCCCCCCACCACAAUGGCUGGACAACCCCAUCAAGGCAGACAAAGGAGCAGGAGAAGGGGAAAGCCAGCAAAUGA